AGUGAGGGUUAGCCGAGGGAGGACGACCACUGAAGCGGGCGAUAAGAAGUUGGGACCUACCACACUCAUGAAGAGGUCGUCCCCGUCGUCUUCGUCGCUGCCUCGGCCUCCGACGUCUCCAGAGUCCAGCACGUCUUGGUCCUCCGAGUCGGGGAACGGAGGAGGACUGCGCUCCGAGCUGGUCGCCAUCUUCAAAUUGGCUUUAAAAACUUGAUAGAGCUGAGAAGCUGGCGGGUGGCUUCAGACAGAGUCCCUCUGCUUUUACGGUUGCUAAGGUUUCCUCCGCUGCCCAUGCGAGGACACAACACGGCUGAGGAAAGUGAGUGAACUCGCCUCGGGACGGUGCAAGAGCUCCGAAAGUGACAGGGAAGUCGGCUAUAGAUGAGAGGAGGAGGGGGCGCAACGCCAAGAAAACGCCGCUGUCACUUUUCACUUCCUGGUUAGCUUAGCUUAGCCAUGCUAACGUGUUAGCCACCUAGCCCAUUAGGCUUUGAGUAACGUCACCUAGCAUGUAGCCUUUUAGCUCGACAACCGUAGAUACUAUCUAGCUAGCUUGCCCAGUCGCAGUUCAGCGGUUCAACAGGGAGAAUGACGCCGGGAAGGAGUACGGAAGAGCAGCUUAUCUGACCGCACGAGUGGAGCGUUUUUGUGGGGGAUGCGUGGUUCAAAAUCGACUGGGGAUGAGGAGCCUCUUCUCGGGGGGGGAAACCGAUUUCCCAACGACCGAGACUCGGAUGAAGGGGAAACUUUAUUUGAGAGGAGUGCGUCAAACGUGACGUGCAAUGCAGCUGAGGCCGCACGCACAAGAAUAACAUAUGAGGAGGCGGUCGAUGCAGCAGGCUUUGGUUUGUUCCAGUGGCUGCUGCUGUUGGCGUGCGGCUGGGCCAACGCCAGCGAUGCCGUAGAGAUAGUCUGCGUGUCCUUCCUGCUGCCCACCGCACGCUGCGACCUCCAGCUCAGCACCUCCGACAUGGGCCUGCUCACUGCCAGCAUUUUCCUCGGCAUGAUGGUGGGCGGCUACAUGUGGGGCUACUUGGCCGACCAGAAGGGGCGCCGUAGUGUCCUGGUGGUGUCCCUGGGUGUGAAUGGCCUGUUCGGAGCUCUGGCGAGUGCGGCGCCCUGGUUCUGGCUCUUUCUGCUGCUUAGGUUCAUCAGCGGCGUGGGAGUGGGCGGGUCCAUCCCUGUCAUCUUCUCCUACUUCUCCGAGUUCAUGCCCCGACUGAGACGAGGUGCCAUGAUCAGCGCGCUGGCCACCUUCUGGAUGGCGGGGAACAUUCUGGCUGCAGGCCUGGCUUGGUUGGUAAUCCCCAGCACCUGGACACAUUUUUCCGUGGGCCGACUGGACUUCCAGAGCUGGCGGGUGUUCGUGGUGUUGUGCUCCGUCCCGAGCCUCACAUCAGCGCUCAUCUUCAGGCUGCUCAUGCCUGAAAGCCCCAAGUUCCUCAUGGAGGCUGGCCAGGAGAGUGAGGCGAUCCGUGUCUUUCACCUGAUGUUUGAGCUGAACACUCGGGGCAAAGGAGCAUCUUACCCGGAUGUUAGUUUGCACGUGAGUGUCCCGCAAAGAGCGUACAAGACCCAGACUGGACUUUCACGCGGAGGCCGAGUCGUCAGUGUUGUGAAAAAGGGUCUGAUGCCGCUCAAGCAGAUGUUUGAAGGGACGCUCAAGUCCAGAAGCUUGGCCCUGCUCGUCAUCUUCUACUGCAUCUCCUUCGGCUUCUACGGGCUGUGGAUGUGGUUCCCGGAGCUCUUUGCCAGGCUGGAGGCCGGCGGAUCGCCGUGUGCCAACAUGUCCGCCCCGUCUGAGCACAAGAACCAAAGCUGCUAUCCUGUCAAGACCGUCGUGUACGAGGAGGGCUUCUUCAUCGCGGCAUCCAACCUUCCAGGCAACAUCUUCACAAUCAUGGUGAUGGACAGCAUUGGAGGGAAGCUGCUGCUCUCUGGCAGCCUGCUGGUGUCCAGUCUCAGCGUCUUCUUCAUCUACAUAGUCCAGACCAAAGUCCAAAGUCUGGUUCUGUCCUGCUUGUUCAGCGGCGUGUCCGUCAUCGCCUGGAACGCUCUGGACGUGCUGGGGACCGAGCUCUACCCUACGCAACUACGGUCGUCGGCGCUGGGCGUCUUCACGGGGGUGGGCCGUGUGGCGGCCAUCACAGCCAACGUGGUCUUCGGCAAGAUGGUGGACAGCGAGUGCGCCGUGCCCAUUCUGCUGGUGUCGGCGAUGCUGUUGUGUGGCGGGCUGGUGGCGUUCUUCCUGCCGCAGAGCAAGCAGACGGCGCUCACCUGACCUUUAACCCCUCUCAUAAACCCUCAAAAGGGACAAACCACCAACCAGUGCCUUUUGUCUCCAGACGCAAACUCAACAGCAGCUGCUGAUGUUUAUUAAUGUUUUGUAUUCCGAUUAUUAUGAAUUAUCAUUUUAUUUGCAACAUUUCAUACAAUCAAGACCUUAUAUUAAUUUGACAGUCCUGACGUAGUACCAGGAUUGACCUGUGAGAGGCAAAGCUGCAAAAGUUUAAAAAAAAAAAAAAAAAGCGCUCCGCUAAUUGUUAGCUUCUUUGCUAACUCCAUGGCGUUGGCGGAUUCUAUCGUGUUCAGAAUUGUUGGACACAUUACAUAAACCAUCGUGUCUUUGACAAACAUAAAACAAGACUUCCAUUUAUGAAGUCCGUCUCACUCUUUUUAGAGCUUGUCGGUCGCUAUUGUUUAUUUGCGGUACUUCCGCUUUCUGCAGGCAGCUCGUUUCCUGAUUGGCUAUCCCGUUCUUUACGGGAGGAAGUGUUGACGUCAUGUGUAUACCACUCACAGUCACAAGAGGGCGCAUUUUCAUUGUUUUACAGUAGAUUCGUUUCCAUCGUUUUUGUCUGCUCUAUUUGUGCUAAAGAUUCAUUGGCAAUAUAUUUUUAAUAAACUGCUCUUUUCAGUAAUAUUUUAAAUAUGAUUUUAUAUGGCUUUAUUUGUGUUUAUUAUAAAUAAAACUUCCAAUACUCAACAAGCAGCACACAGUUGUCUUGGGACAAAAAAUAAAGUGAGAACAUCAUUACUU